AUGAAAAGUCUUUUCAGGAUUAGAGGAUACGCAUCGUAUGCUACCCAAUUUUAUCAAAAAAGAACCGUGGUGAGCAGCGGGAGUAAUACUGCAGCUGCUGGUGUAGUAAAGAAAAGCUUCAACAGCACAGAAGCCAAACCUGCAUUCGCAACAAAAUCAGAGGCCAGUAAUGGGAAUAAUAUGAAGGAGUAUUCAAGUGGCAUCAAUUCCAAGCUCGGCGGCACGCCUUUGGAAACCCGUGGCACGCCUGAAGAUUCUUUGAACAAUAGUUAUAAGUCAGCCAGGGGAGACAUCGAUUGGUAUACUUCAUGGUAUGGCUUAGGUAUGAAGCCAUUUGAACCAAAGGUGCAAAAGGAAUUGAUUGAGCCCUUGGAUUACAAAGAUAUUGAAAUUAAGCCAGAUGGGUUGAUAUACUUGCCCGAGAUUAAGUACCGUAGAAUUCUGAACAGAGCUUUCGGAGCAGGUGGUUGGGGGUUGGUGCCUAGAUCACAAACUAUAGUAACAUCCAAACUUGUGACUAGGGAGUACGGUCUUAUUUGUCAUGGCCAAUUGAUCAGUGUAGCAAGAGGGGAACAAGACUACUUUAACGAAGCCGGCAUACCAACCGCUACAGAAGGUUGCAAAAGUAACGCAUUAAUGAGAUGCUGCAAAGAUCUUGGUGUAGGAUCUGAAUUAUGGGACCCUGUUUUCAUAAAGAAAUUCAAAGUCGAUCAUUGUACUGAAAAGUUUGUGGAGCAUGUUACCACCAAGAGAAAGAAGAAGAUUUGGCUAAGAAAGGACAGACAAGUCGAAUAUCCUUAUAAAUAG